UUGAGUCAUUCUUGUCGGUGGCCAGGCCGGGCCGUGACGUCACGCAGUGUCAGGUGACCUGUGGCCGCCCAGCAAAGUCUGGCUGCUUCUGGCAGUGUCCGGGGCGCUGCCCCUGCAACAUAUAAGGCGGCAGCUCCGAGGGCGGCGGCAGAUCAGAGACUGAAGUUCGCCACUUCACACCGGCCGCUGUGAGAGAAGUGACACAAGAGGCAGAGACGAUGCUGAGCUGUCGGACUUUCCUCCCUCGCCGCCUGUGCCCCUUCCACUCACUGUCUAUGAGCCGCUCGGAUGCACCGCGUGGAAACAGGUGGAGGGAGCGAGAAGGAGCAGCAGCUUCAUGGAGCGAGUUGCGGACGAGCUGGCCAAAGAGUUCUGGGGGGACGGAGCAAGAAUUCGAAGGCAGGGAGCCGCUGCCGAUGGAGGUCAGAGCGGGACGGUGGGCGAGAGUGGAGAUGGCUUCUCUCUGUCCCUGGAGGUGCCGCGAUUCUCCCCGGAAGAACUGAAGGUGAAAGUUGUGGGAAGAAAAGUGCUGGUGACAGGAGAACACGAGAAGAAGAGCGAUGACGGCAGCGGCUCCUACAGCUACACACGUGAAGAGUUCAGGAGGGAAUUCCAGCUGCCGGAAGACGUCGAUGCUCAGGCUGUGAACUGCUGUUUGUCCCAGGACGGUCGGUUAAAGGUUGAAGCCCCGCGCCUGGCGCUGCCGCCUGUGGACGAGCGAACCGUCCCCAUCGACAUCGCCUCUGGUACAACAUCCAGUCCCCGGUUACAUCCCGGGGAAGAGGCACAGGAACGGGGGAGCGGAGGUGUUGCUGGGAUCAAGGAUGAGAUGGAAGCAAAAGCGGAGAUUUGAUUCUCAUUUUCAAAGACUGUCUGUUGGGUGUCAAUAUUUAUUUCAUAAAUGUGAAGCCGCAUCAUGUCAUAAUAUUGCUGUUUUCAACUUAUCUGCCUGAAA